UAACUGGAAUUUUUACACAUUCAGGAUCGAACUAAAAAGAAAAAGAUGGAGAGAUCCAUUUCCUUCGAUCAUCGACGCGAUAAAGAAGUCCCGAAUGAUCGGAGCGGCGAUGUCGGAUAUACUGCCAAUGACCGGAGACUUGCUUACUCCCGCUCGUUUCAGCAGUCUCACGGCCCGCGCACGCCGGCGGUCACUGAUGCGGCUAAGCCUUUUCUCGAUAGGACGGUCUCCAGCAUCGAUAUGCCGCCGGAGAUAUACUCCGUCGACGGAAAUGAUGUUUUCUCCGGAGAAGGGAAAGCAGCAGAAUUAGGAAAAGUAUCUGUUUUGCAUAUGGUUUGGGUGAUUUUUGGGGUUCUGAGAAGUGGAAAUCGACAGAUGAAGAGGCUGUUUCUGCUGAUUUCGCUUAACGUGGCGUAUUCUACCACGGAGCUCUUAAUUGGGCUCUUGACUGGGCGCGUAGGUUUGGUUUCCGAUGCAUUCCAUCUGACAUUUGGAUGUGGUCUCUUGACAUUUUCUUUAUUUGCAAUGGCAACUUCAAGGAAGAAGCCUGAUCAUGCUUACUCAUAUGGGUACAAAAGACUUGAAGUGUUAUCUGCUUUCACUAAUGCUCUGUUCCUUAUGUUCAUGUCAUUCUCCUUAGCUGUGGAAGCUCUUCAUGCAUUUAUACAGGAUGAAUCCGAGCACAAGCAUUAUUUGAUUGUAUCAGCGGUAACAAAUCUGCUGGUGAACCUACUAGGUGUUUGGUUCUUCCGGAAUUAUGCUCGUAUCAAUAUUGUGUACAGAAAAGCAGAAGAUAUGAACUACCACUCCGUUUGUUUGCAUGUCAUAGCAGAUUCCAUCCGCAGUGCAGGUUUGAUACUGGCAUCUUGGCUCCUCUCUCUCGGGGUUGAAAAUGCAGAGGUCCUAUGUUUGGGGUUGGUAUCGGUUACAGUGUUUAUGCUUGUUAUGCCAAUCUUCAAAGCCACUGGUGGUGUCUUGCUUCAGAUGGCACCUCCAAACAUUCCUCCUUCCGCAUUAAGCAAAUGCUUGCGACAGAUUACUUCUCGAGAAGAUGUCAUGGAGGUUUUACAGGCACGUUUCUGGGAGGUUGUGCCUGGUCACACUGUUGGCUCACUCAGAAUCCAGGUGAAGAGCGGGAUAGAUGAAAGGCCUUUACUGCAAUUUGUGUAUGAUUUAUACCAUGAUUUGGGUGUACAAGACUUGACCCUGCAAACUGAUUACACCUGAGCUCUGCAUCUACGUUUUCCAAUACUGAGUUGAUGAUUUUGGAUGUAUACUAGAGAUUAUGCUUAUAUAGGAAAAUAAUUCUUUUUGAACAAUCUUGUUUCGUUUUUUUUUCUUUUCCUUUCAUUCCUGUCUUUUGAACCACACAAGGACCACAAUCUUUGUAACUCUUUUAGUCUUUCAAGUUUGUGGAUAUUUUGGCUCAUUCA